AUGAAGCAAACAAUGUGGUUGGAAAAUCACACUUUGGGAACAGAUUUCAUCCUGAUGGGACUUUUUAGCCAAAGUAAACACCCUACUCUCCUCUGUUCAGUGAUAUUCAUUAUUUUCAUGGUAGCUCUGAUUGGGAAUGCCACCUUGAUCCUUCUGAUUCAAAGGGACUCCCAUCUCCACACUCCCAUGUACUUCUUCAUCAGCCAGCUCUCCCUCAUGGACAUGAUGUAUAUCUCUGUCACUGUGCCCAAGAUGCUAUUGGAUCAGGUGACUGGGACUCAUAGUAUCUCGACCCCAAGCUGUGGGAUCCAGAUGUUCCUCUAUGUGACACUUGUGGGGACAGAGUUCUUCCUUUUGGCAGCCAUGUCCUAUGAUAGGUUUGUGGCUAUCUGUCACCCCCUCCGCUACCCCAUCCUCAUGAACCACAGAGUUUGCAUACUCCUUGUAACUGUCUGUUGGUUCUUGGGAUCCAUUGAUGGUUUCAUGCUUACCCCCAUAACCAUGAACUUCCCAUUUUGCAAAUCCCGAGAGAUCCAACACUUCUUCUGUGAAGUCCCAGCCUUGAUGAAACUCUCCUGCUCAGAUACCUCAGUCUAUGAGACAGUCAUGUACCUGUGUUGUGUCCUUAUGCUCCUAAUCCCUAUAACAGUUAUUUCAGGCUCCUAUUCCCUCAUUCUCCUCACUGUCCAUAGGAUGAAUUCAGCUACUGGUCGUAGGAAGGCAUUUGCUACGUGUUCCUCCCACAUGGCUGUUGUUAUUCUUUUCUAUGGGGCUGCUAUCUAUACCUACAUGCUCCCUUCUUCUUAUCAUACUACUGAAAAGGAUAUGAUAGUGUCUGUUGUCUAUACUAUACUAACACCUGUUCUGAACCCUCUCAUCUACAGCCUCAGGAAUAAGGAUGUCACAGCAGCUUUGAAGAAAGUGUUGUGGGAAGAGCUGGUAUUAGCCAAUUUACAGAAGUAG